AUAGUCUAGAUUAUUCUGUAUGAGAUCUUUUAAAAGCAAUGCUCCCUUGCUGAGGGGUUCAGUUAUUAAAAAUCACGUGAAGCAUACGUUUUAACCAUAAUAAACAACACACUCCGAAAAGUAUCAACAAUUGAAGUUUACCAAGAUGACGAAAUUAACUUUGUCACCCCAAGAACUGAAAGAAAAAGGAAACGAAGAGUUUCAAAAAGGAAAUUGGGAUGAAGCAUUGGAGUAUUACACCAACGCUCUAAAAUUAUCCAACGAAGAGAAUUUAGAAAAAUCCAUCUUUUACAAAAACCGAGCUGCUGUUUAUCUCAAACAAAAGGAAUAUGAAAAUGCCAUGAAAGACUGUGAUGCAGCUUUGAAAAUUUCCCCAAAUGAUCCAAAAGCUUUAUUCAGAAGAUGCCAAGCCUUAGAAGCACUAGGAAGAUAUGAAGAAGCCUACAGAGAUGCUCGUUUUGUUAUCAAUGUUGAUCCGAAUAAUAAAGCAAUCCAACCAGUAUUAGCAAGACUUCAUGAAAUAGUUCAAGAACGUUACAGAGAAAACUCUCGUACCAGUGCUAAAGUUGCUCAGAUGUUUGAACUAGCUUUCAGUAUGGAAACUAGUAAAGAAAAACGAGAAACUGCUUUUAAUAAUCUACUGGUUCUUUCUCGUGAGCAUGCUGGAGCUGAGAUUAUGUUCAAAGAAGGAAUGGUACCUAAAAUAAUGAAGUUACUUAAAAUAGAAAAGAAUAAUGACGAGAUUAUCAUCGCAUGUAUAAGAAUUAUAGCUGAGUUAUGUAAAGAAAAUAUCGACCGGACGUCAGCAGCUAUCAAAGAAAUAGGUCUUCCUUGGUUUUUAGAAAUGUUGAAUAGUAAAAAUGAAGAAAGAGUCAAUGCGGCUCAACACUGCAUGCAGACUGUCUUAAAUAGCUACAGUGGUAUGGACAACAAGCCAGACUCGAAACCAAAAAAAGAAAUGUGUGAAAAGUACAAAAAUGAAAUUGACACCAUGCUGACAUGCCUGGUAUUCAGCAUAACAAAUCGAACAAUUACUGGUCUUGCUCGUGAUGCAAUCAUUGAAUUGAUCAUGCGAAACGUGCACUACACAGCUUUGGAUUGGGCAGAACGAUUGGUUGACAUCCGAGGACUUCAACGAUUAAUGGAAGUUGCGAGCGAAUUGGAAGAAUAUAAAUAUGAAUCUGCAAUGAACAUUACACCAUCAACAAGAACUGUGACGAGUGUUUGUUUAGCUAAAAUUUAUGAAAAUAUGUAUUACGACGCUGCUAAGGAAAAAUAUUGUGCGGCGAUUGAUGAAUAUGUCAAAGAGAUGCUUUUAGCUCCAGAUACUGAGUCGAAAGUUCGUGUAACAGUUGCCAUAACGACAUUAUUACUUGGUCCAUUAGAUGUUGGAAAUUCAAUUGUAGCUAGAGAUGGAAUUCUACAGAUGAUUUUAGUGAUGGCUAGUACUGAUGAUCUUCUUCAACAAAAAGUCGCUUGCGAAUGUAUCAUAGCUGCAGCAUCGAAAAAAGAUAAAGCUACAACAAUUAUCAAUCAAGGAGUGAAGAUUUUGAAGAAGUUAUAUCAAUCUAAAGACGAUUCCAUUCGUGUCAGAGCUUUAGUUGGUUUGUGUAAACUUGGCAGUUCUGGUGGAACUGAUGUUACAAUCAGACCUUUUGCUGAUGGAGCUACGAAGAAGUUAGCAGAAGCUUGUCGCAGGUUUCUCAUCAACCCUAAGAAAGACAAAGAUAUGCGAAAAUGGGCAGUAGAAGGUCUUUCUUACUUGACAUUUGAUGCUGAAGUUAAAGAAAAAUUGAUAGAAGAUAAAGAAGCUAUUCAAGCGAUGAUUGAAGUCGCUAAAACAGGCGACAAAUCAGUAGUUUAUGGUGUCGUCACUACUAUUGUAAAUCUAUGUAAUGCAUAUGACAAACAAGAAAUAAUUCCAGAAAUGGUUGAGCUGGCAAAGUUUGCUAAACAUCAUAUUCCUGAAGAGCAUGAGCUUGAUGAUCCUGAUUUUGUCAAUAAGAGGCUAAUAGCUCUAGCUAAAGCUGGUGUUACAUCAGCUCUUGUCGCUUUAUCUAAAACUGAUAGUCAGAACAGUAAAGAAUUAAUCGCUCGAGUGUUCAAUGCAAUUUGUAGUCAACCUGAAGUUCGAGGUAUUGUCGUCCAGCAAGGUGGUGCUAAGGCUCUUCUACCUUUGGCAUUAGAUGGAACUGAUAAGGGUAAAAAGCAAGCAGCACAAGCCCUGGCGAGACUUGGUAUCACAAUGAAUCCUGAAGUAGCUUUCCCUGGUCAAAGGAUAAUGGAAGUGAUCAGGCCUCUGCUUAAUUUGUUAAGUCCAGAGUGUUCAGCAUUAGAGAAUUUUGAAGCUCUGAUGGCUCUCUGUAAUAUCGCUAGUAUUAAUGAUAAUGUUAGAAAACAUAUUCUAAAAGAAGGAGCUUUUGCUAAAAUUGAAACUUACAUGUAUGAAGAUCAUUUAAUGCUACAACGUGCUGCGACUCAGGUUGUCAACAAUUUAGUUAUGUGUGAAGAAGCCAUCAAAUUUUUCGAAGGUGAAAAUGAUAGAAUCAAGUAUCUGAUUAUUCUGUCAAGUGAUGAAGACCUUGAUACUAGUUUAGCAGCGUCAGGAGCACUCGCCAUGAUCACAGCAUCCAGUAUUAAAGCUUGUAAUAAAAUUUUCGAAUCGAAACAUUGGCUAGAGUCCAUCCAUUACUUAUUAGCUAAUCCCAAUUCAGAUCUUCAACAUAGAGGUGUUGUGAUUGUUUCAAACAUGAUCAAUAGCCAUAAAGAAAUAGCUACUAAAGUCAUUGAAACUGAUAUUAUGGAAAUCUUAAUGGCCAUCACCAAAAGUGAAACUGUGGAAAAUAAAAAAGUAAAAGAACUUGCAGCUGCUGCUUUGGAAGCUGCUGCUAAAUGGAAACUUAUUGAAAAACAACCAGAAGAAUCAAGACCUAGUGAUUCUAACGCUAAUUCCAAUUCAUUAGAAUCCGUAGAAUAAGCGAAAAUUUGAUCUUGUUUUAUUAUAUAUACAUAGAACAUAUGUAUUUACUUAUUUAUAUAUAUUUUUUGUAAAUAUAUAUCGUGCAAUAAGAAGUUAUUUUGAUAAGAAACUAAUUCUUUGAUUGUAGAAUAAAGAAUUUUUAUUUAUAAUCUCUUGUACUUAAAAUUAUUUCAUGAAAAAAAAAUAAUUUGUAUAUCUUUUACAAAUAAAGAAUUUGCCUUAAAUCAUCGUCGUUUUCUUUUA